AUGGCACUACCAUUUAUCGUCAGCCUUACACUCGGCACGGGUGUAGCCUUCUUCCUAGGCUACUGCAUCUACUUUGAUCAAAAGCGGCUGUCGGCUCCCGACUACAAGAAGCGAGUACACGAACGCCGCCGCUGGAAUCGCAUGAAUACCGCCACGAUAGUGCCAUGCGCCAACAACAAGGCCGCCCUCGAGGAGUACUUCGUCACCCAGAUGAAGGCGGGCGAGGCGCUGAUUAAGCAAAACCAAGUGGAGGAGGGGCUGACCCACUUCAUCAACGCCAUCAUUUUGUGCGCCCAACCCGCAAAGCUAAAGAGCAUCAGGGUCCUUCCCAGCACGGAGCCCGAGGACUAUUUCGACGAUGAGGAGCCCCGCAAGGCCUAA